AAUACUCAUUUAGUACUAAGACCAAGCGCAUGGAAGGUUUACAAUUUUAAUUUAAACUAAUUUAAACGAAGUCUGACUAAAGCCCAGGUAAUACCGCCAUGGAUCUCAACGACGCAGUGCUCACCUGUGCGGUGAACAUGCAGUGGACCAAUUCCGUGGGCAUUACGGGCCGCAAACUGGCCUACAAGACGGCCACUUUGCGCCUGGUGCGGAACGAUCUGCGGGAAUUGUUUGUGGAGGUGACGCCCGAGAAGCUGAAGCCCCUGAAGUUCAAGCUGAAGGACCUCAUGGUGCACAAGAAGUUCAUGGCCGAGGGCAAGGCCACCUUCAACUUCAAGGCGGAGAACUGCACCCUCUACUUAUCCAACGCUCCGCCAGGCACAUUGAUGUUCUUCCUGCGCACGAUCUACAUCAAAAUGAAUGGAACCGAGGGAGGGUCUCAGCCAGACGAUGCCUCCUUGCAGAAGAAACUCAGGGAGCAUCUGAUGUCCGGGAAACCCAGCACCUUCGACGAAGUCUCGCCCGUCACCACUGCCGAGAUGAUUUUGGCGCGCAAAAAGGCGGGUUUGAUGUCGAAAGGUUCAGUGACCACGCCUUCACCCCAGGCAGCCAAAAAGCGGAGAUUCGAGGAGCUCAAGGAGGAGAAGGACCGGGGCAGCCUGCCAGCCGCCAAGAAGCUCUACCAAUCGACCACCGAUGAGUCCCUCAGACUGAGCGAAGAGCAAAUGGAGGUGCUGCGGGCCUGCACCUCCGGCAAAAGUGUAUUCUUCACCGGCUCUGCGGGCACUGGCAAGAGUUUUCUGCUCCGCAGGAUCAUCUCCGCCCUGCCGCCCGAUGGAACAGUGGCCACAGCCUCCACGGGAGUGGCAGCCUGCCUGAUUGGCGGCACCACUUUGCACGCCUUUGCGGGCAUCGGAGGAGGAGACGCCACCAUGCAGAGGUGCCUAGAGCUGGCUUCCCGACCAGCCAGUGCCCAGACCUGGAGGAAGUGCAAACGACUGAUAAUCGAUGAGAUCUCCAUGGUGGACGGGCAGUUCUUCGAGAAAAUCGAAGCCGUUGCCCGGCACAUUCGGCGCAAUGAUCGACCCUUUGGCGGCAUCCAGCUCAUCCUGUGCGGCGAUUUCCUGCAGCUUCCCCCCGUUAUUAAGGCGGAUUUCGGAGCUGCGCCCAAUGCCACGCCGCAGCAGCGAUUCUGCUUUCAGUCCAGCGCCUGGGAGACCUGCAUCCAGUGUGUCUACGAGCUCAAGCAAGUGCAUCGUCAAUCGGAUCCGGAGUUCGUUAAGAUUCUCAACCACCUCCGCAUUGGCCACGUGAAUGAUUCCAUCACCAGCCGAUUGGCAGCCACUUCCAAGCAGAAAAUCGAGGGAAAUGGCAUUCUGGCCACGCAACUGUGCUCCCACACAAACGAUGCCAACUCCAUUAACGAGUCCAAGUUGGAGAACCUCGAGGGGGACAAGAUUUUAUUCAAGGCUGAUGAUUCGGACGCGGGCAUGACCAAGACUCUGGAUCAGCAGAUUCAGGCUCCCUCUCAAUUGUACCUCAAAGUAAAUGCCCAAGUGAUGCUGCUCAAGAAUAUAAACAUAGCCAAUGGUCUGGUGAACGGAGCUCGCGGCGUGGUUGUGAGAAUGGACAAGGAUCUGCCAGUGGUUCGGUUCAAGAACAACCAGGAGUACGUUUGCAAGCACGAGAAGUGGAUCAUCAAAACCGCCUCGGGAGGCAUCAUCACACGGCGUCAGGUUCCAUUGAAGCUGGCCUGGGCAUUCUCCAUACACAAAAGUCAGGGCUUGACGCUCGACUGCGUGGAGAUGUCCCUGUCGAAAGUAUUCGAGGCUGGACAGGCCUACGUGGCCUUGUCGCGCGCCAAAUCCCUGCAAUCCAUUCGCAUUCUGGACUUCGACGCCAAGCAGGUGUGGGCCAAUCCGCAGGUGCUGCAGUUCUACAAGGGAUUCCGACGCAAGCUGAUGGACACAACCAUGAUUCCCCUGGGUCCCAAGAACAAGGACAAGAAGCCGGGAGACAGCAAGGCCGCAAACAGCACCCUGGCCAAGCUCAAAAAGAGUCUCAUGAACAAGCCGCUAGUCUCAAUCAGCUAAGGCGGAACUGAUUUUAGGUUAGUUGAAUUGUAGUGAAAAGAAUGACUUAAAAGUUUUACUAAUGACUAAUAUUGUAUAUCUAAUUCCAUUAGGAAAGUGUAAUUUUUUCUUUGUUUAGAGAAAAACAAUAUGGUCUAUAGACCUUGAAUUCCUUUUCUUAAAGAAACGAAAAAUUAUUUCAUAUACUGAUGCUACUUUAAAAUAAUAUAACCUUUUACAAAGUAUCACAAAUUAUUGUAAUAUUAUUUUAAAGAGUCAUCAAUAUUUCAUGCUAAGUUCUUGGAGUGCUCGAAUUCAAACAAAAUAAUGAAUUUUAGAACUCAAAACCCGACUCUUUCUCUCUUGAGAAUCUACUGUCUCAAAUAGUUUGUAAGUUAUUAAAAACACUAGAAACUAGUAUUAUGCACAAUUGUAAAUCAAACAUUUGACCUUAAAAUGGAAUUGAGAAAUAAAAACUGUAGACAAAUAACUUUAAA